AUGAGUAGUCCAAAUGUCAAAUUGAGUUAUCGUCGUAAUUGGUCGUCGGAGAAGCUAACCUUCUCCGAGUCAAGCCCUUUGAGUGCAGGUCCUUUGCCCGUCACGAAAAAACUCUCAUUUAUUUAG